AUGGCUCGCAAGCCCAAUGGAGUGGCAAACGUACUCGCCAUUGGCACCGCCGUACCGCCCACAUCCUUCCCCCAGAGCAGCUACCCCGAGUACUUCUUCCGUGCGACCAAAUCCACUGACAAGCCCGAGAUGAUGCAAAAGUUCCAAAGAAUCUGCGAUCGAUCUGGAAUCAAGAAGCGCCACUUCUAUCUCACCAGCGAGAUACUCGAAAAGAACCCAGAGAUCUGCAGCUACAUGGGCGCAUCACUGGAUGCCCGGCAGGAGAUCGGCGUGCGCGAGGUGCCCAUGCUGGCCAAGGAGGCAGCGAGCGCCGCGAUCGCGGAAUGGGGGCAGCCCAAGUCGGCCAUCACGCACCUCGUCCUGGGCACCACCAGCAGCAUCGACAUGCCGGGCGCCGAUUUCCAGCUCCUCAAGCUCCUGGGCCUCCGCCCCAGCGUGAAGCGCGUGAUGAUCUACCAGCAGGGCUGCUUCGCCGGCGGCACGGUGCUGCGCAUCGCCAAGGACCUCGCGGAGAACAACGAGAACGCGCGGGUGCUGGUCGCGUGCAGCGAGAUCACCGCCGUCACCUUUCGCGCGCCGUCGGACAAGCACCUGGACGGGCUCGUCGGAUCCGCGCUGUUUGGCGAUGGCGCCGCGGCGCUCAUCGUCGGCGCGGAUCCCAGGCCGGGGAUCGAGAAGCCCCUGUUCGAGAUCCACUCGGCAAUCCAGACGGUCCUUCCCGAGAGCGAUGGGGCGAUCCUGGGACACCUCCGCGAGUGCGGCCUCGUCUUCCACCUCCUCAAGGACGUCCCUGGGAUCAUUGCCAAGAACCUGGGCAAGGUGCUUGGGGGGAUGCUGGAUCGCGCGGGGGUGGCGAGCUACAACGAUCUCUUCUGGGUGGUGCAUCCGGGAGGCCCCGCGAUCCUGGAUCAGAUGGUGGCGAGGCUGCAGCUGGACGAGGAGAAGAUGCGCGCGACGCGCCAGGUGCUGGCGGACUUUGGAAACAUGUCGAGCUCGUCGGUGCUGUUCGUGCUGGAGGAGAUGAGGAAGGGAUCGACGCGGGCGGGCAUGAGGAGCACCGGCGAGGGAUGCGAUUGGGGCAUCAUGCUUUGCUUUGGGCCGGGGCUCACAGUGGAGGCGUUGCUGCUCAAGAGCACCGCAGUUUGAAAGGGAAUAUACUUGAUCUAAA